AUUGGAGAGGCGGCGGUGGAUGCCGCAGCGAUGGAAGCCGGCUUGCUUCCCUUUUUAAGAAUCAGUGUGAGGGAAGGGAGCAGAGCUGCGUUAUUUUAGGGAGACCUUGUCGCACUCCCCCUCCCGCGGGUAGGUAGCGUCUGGGGUGUGCGCGGGCCCCAUGGAGAGACGCUGGCGUUGGCUGCGGUGGCAGCUGGGGCUCCUAUCGCGGCUGCGGCCGGCAGUAAUCCGACCCCGCCGACGCAGGGACUGAAGAGGCGCAAGCGAGAGCGGCAAGCUGCGAACAAAAGCCCGCCGCGCGGGACGUGCGAGCCUCCACAAAGGGACAGGGCUCAGCCAUGGUGGAUCCCGUGCCUGAAGAGGAGAAGGCGGGAGCCGAGCCGGGAGGCUCCGGAGGGGACGAAGCCGCCGCGUCCGUGCCCCCUGACUCCCAGGGCGCCCCGCAGCCCGCGGCGACUUCGGCCUCGGCCUGCGCCGCGGCGCCCCGUAAGGCUGAAGUCCCGUGCGCAGCAGAAGGCGGGCGGCGGGAGCAGUCCCCGCUAUUGCACCUCGACCUCUUCAACUUCGACUGUCCGGAGGCCGAGGGCAGCCGCUACGUGCUGACCAGUCCCCGCUCGCUAGAGGCCUGCGCCCGCUGCGCCGUUAAACCUGUGGAGCUGCUGCCACGGGCCCUGGCGGACCUGGUGCGCGAGGCCCCCGGCCGCUCUAUGCGAGUAGCCACUGGCCUGUACGAGGCUUACGAGGCGGAGCGGAGCGCCAAGCUGCAGCAGUGCCGGGCAGAGCGCGAGCGCAUCGUGCGCGAGGAGAAACGGCGCCUCUUCACGCCUUUGGGCCCCGCGGCCGCCGCGGCCUCGGCCCCUAGUGCGGGCAGCAGCAGCAGCUGCAGCAGCGCCAGCCUCCCGGCCUCGCCCGCACCGCGCGCCGCCCGCAAGGCCUCCUCCAGCCCGGCCCGGCCCCAACCUACGCCCGCGCGGUCGCGGGCAGGAAGGAAGAGCCACUCACUAGACUCCCUGUCCCGCCGGCGGGAGGGCGCCCUGAGCUCCGAGUCAGGCGCGUCGUCGUCGUCCUACAGCGGUGAGAGCCUGAGGGAGCUGCACUGGCCGCCGCGGGCCUCGGCCAGGAACAGCUGCCCGGCGGGGUCGGCGUCCUCUGCUCCCAACCCUCUGGGCCGCCCAUCCGCCCUGGCCCUGGUUCCCCUCACCGGCCGCAGCUUCAGCCUCGGCGACCUGAGCCACUCGCCACAGAUGGCUCAGCACGUGGAACGCAUCGUGCGCCAAGUGCGCGCCGAGCGGGGUCUGCGCGCGGUGCCGGAGCGCGACCGGAAGAUCGCGGCGCUCAUGCUGGCGCGGCACCAGGAGGAGCGCCUGUUGCUGGAGCAGCGCGCCGCGGCCCACGGCCAGUGGGAGCAGCAGCGCGUCCGCGCCGAGCAGCGACGGGAGCGCGAGGAGCGCGAGAAGCAGCGCGCCCUGGAGCAGGGCCGCCGAGCCUGGGCCGCGCAGGUGGAGGAGCGGCGCGGCCGCCGAGGCCGCGAGGAGCGCGAGGAGGCGCGGCGGCGGCAGCGGCAGUGCGAGCGCAGCGAGGAGCGGCGGCGGGAGCUGGCCGAGCGCCAGGGACUGCUGCGGCGGGAGCGGGCGGAGCGCACGGCCCGGGAGGACCGACUCCGCAAGCUGCAGCAGGAACAGAACCUGAAGCAGCGGGAGGAGGGGCUGCACGAAGUGCGCGAGCGGGCCGAGCAGGUGCGCAGGGAGCGCGCUCAGCGCGCGGCCCGCGCCAAGCAGAGUCAGGAGGGCCAGCUGCAGCGAGAGAAGCGGGAGCUAAGCCGGGCGGAGCGGGCGCGCCAUGAGGCGUUGCUGCAAGGCCGGGCCCGGCUGGAGCGCCAGGAGCGCGAGGGCCUGCGGAGCUCCCUGGAGGCCAGCUUGGGCCGCGCGCAGGAGAACUACGAGCAGUUGGUGGAGCAGCGCACCCGGGAGCUGCGCGAGCGGGCCCGGCGGGAGGAGCUGCAGGGCCGGCGGGCCAAGGAGGCGGCCGAGCGCAAAGACCGGGAGCAUCAGGCACACCUGGAGGCUCUGGCCCGGGUGGGCGAGCGGCGGCUGCAGCACGCGGCGCAGGCGGCCGAGGAGGCGGUGCAGCAGAAGGCGCGGCGCGUGGGCCAGAGCCGGAUGGAGAAGGAGCGGGCCCAGCGGGCCAACAAGGAGAAGGUGGAGAGGGACGAAGACUGCCGCCGGCGGGAGCUGCUCCAAGCCAUCGGUCGCAAGCUGGAGCGCAGCGAGCAGCUGUCUCGGGACCGGCGCAGCGCGCUGGAGAGCGCCCGCUCCACAGCCCGGGCCUCCUUCCACGUGCGCGAGAAGGUACGCCAGGAGACCAACACGCGCUCCUUCGAUCGCAUGGUUCGCGAGGCCCAGCUGCACGCCAGCCUGGACCGUAAAUGACCGCCGCCGUACGCUGGCCGGAGUGCCACGCUCAGCCCCGUGGGGCCUCUUUUGGCCAUUUUGACCGGACCGUGGGAGUCCCCAGUCUGGGCGCGGCACCGCAGCGUCGCCAGGCUUCUGACCAAUGAGGCAAUGAGAGGACCGACGUGUGAGACCUUUCAGUCCGCCGCCAUUGUUUUUAAAAACUGACUUCGUUUGGAAAUGACAUAGCACAGUCUUUGACCACAUCCAACCUUGGUGGCUCCCGCAUCGCACCGGUCCUUGCCAAUGUUCCCAUUGUGUCUGUUGAGUUGGAAAAGAAAAAAGCUGGGAGAAAGGGGCUGGGUCGAGGCUGGGGGAGGGGAGGGCAAGGAGACAGUGCAGAGGUGACUGCCCCCUCCUGCGGUAGUCCCCCCAGGCAUCUUUCACAUACUGGUGUCUGAGGCGACUGCGGGAACUGCAGUGGAGGAGGCAUGUCCUUGGCUCCCCUCCAUCUUUUAACAUAUGGCAAGUUGCACAAAGCUCGGAGGCCUUGCAGAAAAGCACAGCUCUUCCAGGGUAUUAGGCCACACUCAAGUGACCCAAAAGCUAUUGAUUUUUGUGUGCUAGACUUUUAAUCUGCCUAAAUUCUGGUCUUACUUCUGAUAGGUUUUCCCUUGAUUCCGCUAGGUAUCCAGUUAGACAAUCAUCUGCAAAUAGUGAUCAGUUUGGUUUUUUUCCCCCUCAUUCUCCCAAGUGACACAAGAAAUCAGUUGGUUUGGUGAUGCUGUUUAGCUUUAGUGGGAGCCCCCAGCCCCUCGGGGGAGGCGGAUUCCUUAGGCAGCAGUGUUUCCCCCAUUGAGCUUUCCUGCAGGGUAUUUUCAGGGGAGGCAGUGUCGGAUGGCCACCUCCCAAUGUGGAGCCCACUCCUCGCAGACAGCAGCCAUGCCUUAAGAAGCAGAGCUACCUUAUGUGCCUGCCCAGGCCAAUUCUGCCUCAGUCUCCAGCCCCGGAUGCAGCCCCAAGAGUGGGCCCCAGAGAGUCUGGGGUGUCGGAUUCCCUCUGUGAAGGAAUCGUCACAACUGCUCUGAGGGCAAUUACUUUACUGUGGUGGCAGAAGAGCUGGAAUUGCCUCUUUGCUGUGAGGGUCGUGCUCACUACGGUUGGCAGUGUAUCUUCCCCUCCUUCCCCACGUGAGGAGAAAGAGAAUCUCCCUCUGACAUUCCUGCGUCCCUCUCCCCUAUAACUGAAAGUAUUUAGUCAAUCUCUCCGUGCCUCACCUUUCCUAUUGGCCAGAUGGGGCCGUCAGUACUCUUCUCCUGGUACCUCAAGAUCUCCCGGACCCAAAGCACCGCCUCGGUAUUAUUUGUUGGUCUUCUUUGUGCCUUUCUUGACCUGGAGUUGGGAGGCAGGAGGGCUGCUCUUGGCCUAGUUUGUUUCUGGGAAUAUGGAUUCUUGGCAUAGGAAGGGGCAGUGCAACACGGACGGAUGGUCAUUUAGCCUCUGGGGGAAAAUGCACGCAAGACCAGGCCACUUUCUGGUCCAAAAAGUCCCAUUCAGUUGUCUUCCGGCAACUUUAACCUCUAGAGUGCUUCCCUUCCAGGAAGCCAAAAUCAGCCCCCAGCCAUGUCCACCCAAGGACUCUACCUUCAUCAAGGAAGGUGGGAAGUAAAACAUUUCUUUUUACAUUAAGUCAAGAUGAAGAAACAACAGUUACCAAAAAAAGAAGAAGAAAAAGAA